AUGAAAACCGAUCAAAAGCAUGCAACUUCAAAGUUGAUUAGUGGUUACAUUAUCGACAAUCUUCGAGACCCAAGGUUUGAAGUUACGCCAGCUUUUGUCAUGGCAGAAAUGCAAAAAUUGCAUGGACUAGACAUUGGGUAUCACAAGGUGUGGCGUGCUAUUCAACGUGCUUCCGCUUUAAUAAGAGGAACUCCUAAAGAGAAUUAUGAAUUAUUGUCUUCAUACUUGUAUAUGAUGAGAAGUAAAAAACCGGGAACAUAUACUAACAUAAAGAUAGACAACAACAACAGGUUUGAUUAUAUGUUUUAUGCAUAUGGAUCAUCAAUAUCUGGUUGGAAUCAUUGUAGACCAGUGAUUGCAGUUGAUGAAACUUUUUUGAAGUCAAAAUUUCAUGGUGUUAUUAUAAUUUCAGUUUCAAAGGAUGCAAAUAACCAAAUUUUCCCACUAGCCUUUGGAAUAGCAGAAUCUGAAAAUAACAAUUCCUAUGAGUGGUACUUUAACAAGCAUCAAUCUAUUGCAUAUGCCAUCGCAAAGGUAUAUCCUGAAAGCCACCAUGAGAUUUGUAUUUAUCAUUUGGAGCAGAACCUAAAGCGAAGGAAAGUGAAAAGUGAGGUCAUAAAACUUUUUCAAACUGCUGCAAGAGUAUACAGGCGCAAAGAAUUUGAUCUUUACAUGUCAGAUAUAGAAAAAGUAGAUAAGAAGACUUAUGACUACUUGAUGGAAGAACCACCAGAAAAGUGGGCACGCUCUUGUAGUCCAUGA